AAGAUUCAAGACCGGAGACUAGACUGCGGAGAGCAGCAAUUGACCGCCGUGAACUAAUAGGCCUUGUUCUUACUUAUACUCUGAGUGGGAACACUGCGCUUCUACUCCGUAGAGGACUCUCCUCAUCCCAUCCUAUCCGGCGCAAAAGACCAUUCUGUACGGCCACAGAGAAAUGGUGCUCAACCGCCUCUGGUCCUCUGCAGCUGCUGCGCGGAACAUUACCCUCCUCCGCCAUGGUCUGAGGCGCACCACCACCACCAAACAGGUCGACAGAGUCCGACACCACUCCUCAACCGCCUCCUCCAUAUCUUCAGAUGAAAUCACUCAUUUCUCGUCUCUCGCCAGCAGCUGGUGGGACCCUCUAGGCCCGUCGCGCAUCCUCCACCUCAUGAACCCGCUGCGCCAUGAAUUCAUAGCGUCCUGCAUUGCCGAAUCCAAUCCACGCUCUUCUCCCUCGCCCUCCUCAUCCUCCUCAUCCAACCCUCACAAUAACAAAGAAGAUAACAUAAACAUAAACACAAACACAACAGGCCCCCUUGGCCUCCGAUACCUAGACAUAGGCUGCGGCGGCGGCAUUUUCGCCGAAUCGCUCGCCCGCACAAUCCCACCGGCAUCCAGCGCAAGCCAAGGCAGCACGAAUCCAAGCACCACAGCUCCAUCCCUAUCCCCCGUAACCAACGCCUCCUCAAUCCUAGCCAUCGACCCAUCCCCAGUAAUGAUAAAGAUCGCAACCGCACACGCCCGCGCCGAUCCCCUCGUCUACUCCCAUCUCCAAUCAGGCCGGUUCAGAUACGAGAAUACAAGCCUGGAAGCGCUCCUCCAUAACCCCCCGCCAUCGCCCUCGCCCUCACCCUCCCCCUCUCCCGCCCAAUCCCCCCCACCCCAAAAAUUCAACAUAAUAACCCUCUUCGAAGUGCUCGAGCACGUCAACCCGCAAACCUCCUCCCCGCGCUCCUUCCUGAAAAAAUGCCUCCAACUCCUGCAGCCGGGCGGCUGGCUGGUCGGCUCGACGAUCGCGCGCACCAUCCCCUCCUACAUCAUCAAUCAGGUCAUCGCGGAGGCGCCGUGGCCGAUCGGCGUGGUGCCGAGGGGUACGCAUGAGUGGGGGAAGUUUGUGAAUGAUGGGGAGCUGAGGGGUUGGGUUGGGGAGGGGUUGAGGGAGAUUGAUGGGGUUGGUGGUGAUGGUGGUGGGGUGAGGUGGAAGUGUGUGGGUGCGAUGUAUUUUCCGGGGUUGGGGUGGAAGAAGAUUCCUGGGACGGAGAAGUUGGGGAAUUAUUUCUGGGCGGUGCAGAGGGGGUUUUAAAAGAGGACUUUCGCCAUCAUUUUCUGAUAUGUAUUAAACUUUUUAUGUAUUAUAUUAAGCAAUGUAUUAUUAUAUGAAUUUUGGAAGACUCUCUUAGCUGGUUGGACCACACAAGAUAUGUUCAUUACGUACAGUGCGCAGCAAAUUAUGGAAGACAUAUUGUGACCCACUGCCAUCUCCCAGAUGACAGUGCGUGGGUUGGAAGCGAAUGCACAUUUUCAUGCAGCAUCAGAUAGCGGCGGUAUUAAACAUGCUCGAGGUAAUAAGGUCGAUUAACAAAAUCACCUUUAGUAGAAGUACCUAGCUAACAUACACAUCAACAAAUAAAGCAAACAAACUGAUAUCUAUUGUUGUGAUAAAAAGAAAACUAUGUAAAUCAAAAAAAUCAAACGGGCAUAGCGAUA